ACUAUAACACUUCGUCAAACUUCAUGAAACUUUCACACCACAUUAGAAUGUUUCCCAAAAACAGAUUUCCUGAUAUUUUUUUUUGCUUUAGUGAUUUUCGUAAAGCAAAUAAAGGACAAAUAACACAUCACCAAGAUAUCUCCAGCCAAAUCUGAUGGCAAAUUUGAACUCCUGAGAAAGUUUCCAUGAUUUUAAGUCCAAAUUUUCCCUCUGCCCAUCAGUAUAUUGACUAGAUAGAAAUGCUCAUGUAAUUUAUCAUAAUCUGCAAGCUUAUUCCCCUAAUCGAACAUUUUCGGAAUCACUAUGACCGAAACUGUGAACAGCCAUUUGUUUAUCAAUAAUGUUCCAACCCGAAGAAACUCAUAUAAUUAUCCGGAUCAUCUUCCCGAGGCCAUCCUAGAACAGCAUGGUGCCGAGUUUUAUUAGACUUAACAAACUAUCAAUUUUACGGUUUUCGAACAAGUGCAACUGAGAUGCUCCAUUAUUGGUCUGAGAUUGCGCACCAACCGAGAGUUUUUCCCUUUUCUAACGUAUGCUAAUCAUGUGAGAACAUAUUUUGCUGGGGUUUUCCAAGAGGGUUUCCGACAUUUUUGGAGAUAGCUUACGCGUGACCUCCACUGUGAUCUUCAGCUUAGCUUAUCAAACAGAAACCAAUACGCUGAAUUCAUUCCAUUCUGAUUCUUUGUAUCACCGCAUUCGCGUGCGGAUCUUCUUCCAAGGCACAAGCUCGCCAGCAAUCGAAAUGAACUCACCGAACAUUCGCUUCGGUUUUCUACUGCUAGCACUGUUUGUAAAAUAUUGUGCCCAAGUUCAAGGUGAACGCAUUUCAGAAACAAAAUGUGAAGAAUAUCGAGCAAAAACUUUAAACAAACAAUCGACAAUUACGUUGUCUGCAAACCCCACGAUUAUAAAGCAUCUAAGUUACAGUUGUUCGAAAACCGUUGAAUUAAUAGUCGGAGGAGAAGCUGCAGGCCGCCGUGAGUUUCCACACCACGCUAUCCUGGGAUGGCCCCGGAAAGAUAAUACGAACGAGUAUGAAUUUCACUGUGGUGGAUCAUUGAUAAGCGAAUGGUUUGUACUAACGGCUGCCCACUGUUUCAAAAAAACUUAUCCUGAAAUAGUACGAUUAGGGGAACACAAUCUGUUAGAUAAAGAUACAUAUUAUGCAGAUUUCGAAAUUUCCGAAUUCGUUUUGCAUCCUAAUUAUGUCUUUGGCCGAGUUUACUACGAUAUUGCUCUGAUUAAACUAGAAAACAAGGUGAAUUUCUCCAAUCAUAUCAGGCCGGCUUGUCUUUGGACGGGAACAACAUUCAACUUCACAAAGGUAGUAGCAACUGGUUUUGGAUUAGAUGAUGAUAGUGGAAACCGAAAUGAUGUAUUGCACAAAGUUGGGCUUGACCUAUUGGAAACGGAGAAGUGCGAGGCUCAGUACGGAAGUCAAAGAACAUUUAGGAAAGGUAUAGUGGACAGCCAAAUUUGCAUCGGUAGCCAUGAAGGAAAUAAAGAUACAUGCGUUGGAGAUUCCGGAGGCCCGGUACAGGUUGUAACGGAUCCCAAAGGUUGUCUGUACCAUAUCGUAGGAGUUACAUCAACCGGUUCCUCAUGCGGAAAAGCACCAGGUAUAUAUACUCGUGUUUCGAGCUUCAUCGAUUGGAUAGAAAGUAAGGUUUGGAACUGAUGUAGAAAUUAGUCUCAUAUAAGUAAGACUUACUUUAAAAAUGUAGGCGUUUCGUUCAACGAAAGUUUGUAACAGAAAUUCAAAUAAAUAAAUAAUUAAAUAACAUUGUGAACAAUAUGAUGUGUACAUAUUUCGCUUUAAAAUUGUAAGAUUUCUUUUUCUAUUGUUUAAAUUGUUUUGGAUGUCGAAAAUGGUUUGUAUUUGACAAAUAUAAGAUUUGUAUUUGAUCACUAGAGUUAAACACCUGUCCCAUUCCAUAAUAUUCCGUACCAUCCUAUGAAUUUGUAAAUUUCAAAAGCAACCAUCCAUACUUAAUUUGAUAUUUAACGAUCGUAAGCUGUCAAGUCAUAACAAAUUUAUGGGCCGCCCAGGUGUUUUUGGUCCAUACUAUAUAACUAACCCCGUAAGUGGGAAUAAAGGUUCUUUUCAUAUUCAAAACGAAUCCAUACACAGCUCUCUAAGUGAAAAUCUUUUUUUUACAUAACAAACGUCAAUGGGUCCGUCAGCUCCGUCAUCAUCACUCACAUUAGGAGCUAUUUUAAUUUGACCUAAAUUGUAAGUCGUACUGUCAUAUAUCCACACAUACAAAAUACAACAUUCACACCACCUGAUGUAUACACUACACAUUGACGACUUUGGGGCUCUAGCUUUCCCUCCAUUAUACUUGAUUGUCACUACGAUAAUAGUUACGGAACAGAAAACACGUGCGAAUUAUAAGUUCUCGAUAAGUUAGAAAUACCGACUUCAUUCGUGAGUUUCCGAAAUUCCCUCCCGGUCAUAAUAGUUUCUGGCGACGAGGAUGACUGAAAAGUCUACGAGUUCCGGUAGUUCGAGCGGUAAAAGUUCGCGAAACCCUAAAAG